CCCGGCUUUUUGGACAAAAUGUACGAACGCCACAAGAGGCGAUACAGCCUGUGCGACAUCUCCAAGGUGGACAGGACUGUAGAUGUUGUGUUGUUAAAGAUAAACCGCGAAAGCUGGUGUUCGCUGGAGCCAUGUCCCGAUCCCUCCCUGCUGGAGCGCAAGCGGACACGGGAGUCUCCAGAAUGUGAGAACUUCCUGGAGGAUGGGCUGAGUGGUGUCUGUGCCUCGUCACAGGGUGGUCUUAAGAGAGAGUCUGGGAGCGAGUCUGACCUCUUCCCCUUGUCUGGUGAUGGGAUGGAAGACCUUGUCUUUGGAAAGCAGCCUGAAGAGGAGCAGUCUGCAUGUGAUGUCACCAGCUCCAGUUCCUCUGCAGAUGACACCAUGUCCCUGGAGAGGAACUCAUCCCUGGGCAGCGACACAUCCCUUCCCUUCCCACCAACUGUGAACUUUGCCCAGCCCAAGGACAGGCACAGCCUGGAUGGCAGCUGCACCAACAUGGUGGCCUCUGAGGGAGGAGAGAAGGAGGAGGAGCUGGACAGUAUCACAGAUGUGCCCACUCAUUCCUCUGUCUUACGCAACUCCAUGCGACCACUGUCUCCUUUCCGUCGGCACAGCUGGGGACCGGGGAAGAAUGCCACCAACGAAGCAGAAAUAAACCAGAGGAGUUCAAUGCGAGUUCUGGGGGAUGGUAUAAAGAAGCCUCCCAUUCAUAGGAGAAGUUUGAGCUGGUGUCCCUCAGGCGUACAAUACCUUGCCAUGGGUCCUGACUUUACUUGUAGAAGUUACAGCCUAGAAGGCCUUGCUGGAGACUCUGGUGAGAACAAGAAGCCCUCUACAAACUUGGAGGGUUCUUCCCUGAGCUCCAAAGACCUCAGGCGGAGUCCACUUGCCAGCAAUCAGUGUGGGUCCCUGGUCCUGCUCACUGAAGAGCAAGGAGAAAUCAGAGACUACAGUCACCAGGCGCGUCAGACAUCGCAGCCACAAGGAUUUAAUUUCUGUUCUUCUGCUGCUUCAUCUCCACUGACCAAAUCCAUGUCUCUAAUGUCAAUUAGCAAGCCAGUGCUCGACAGUACGCAGUCGUUUGGCGGCUCCACGGGCUCCUCAGUUCAGAGCAUAUCUGAAGAGAGCAGCAGUGUCCCCGCUGGCAAAGGUGUAACAAAAGUCAGUCGCACCUUCAGCUACCUCAGGAAUAAAAUGUCCAGCAGCAAGAAGAGCAAAGAAAAGGAGAAAGACAAAGAGAAGACUAAAGAGAAGGACAAAGAUUCCAAGGAGAAGGAAAAAGAUAAGAAGCUGUCAAAUGGACAUGUCUUCACUGCAACCUCCGUUGUAGCCCAAGCAACCUGUUACCACUGUAUGAAGCCUUUCAAUAAGGAUUCGUACUACUGUGCAAACUGCAAUGCAAUUGUUCACAAAGGCUGUAAGGAGAGUUUUGCUUCUUGUGCAAAGGUCAAAAUGAAGCCACAGAGAGGGAUGCUGCAGGCACAUGAUACCUCUUCGUUACCCACAGUAACCAUGAGAAACAAAAGCUCGCAGCCCAAGGAGCGCCCUCGCUCUGCAAUCCUUGCUCCUGACGAAAGCACUGUCACCUCAAUGUUCAACAACAGGAGAUCAUCACAGCAGCCUACAGCACUUUCUAAAAGUGUCUCGAUACAGAACAUUGCAGGCAGAGUUGGGAACGAUGACAGCUUAAUACACACUUGGAAAUUCCUGUCGCAGUCAACAGACUCCUUACAUAAAAUCAGCCGGGUGAAUGAAUCCAUGGAGUCACUGGUUGAUGAAGGAGCGGACAUGAAUGAAGGACAGCUCAUGGGAGAACUGGAAUUAGAUUCCAAGCAGCUGGAGGCAGAGUCCUGGAGCCAAGUAGUGGACAGCAAGUUCCUACAGCAGCAAAACAAGGAUGUUGUCAAACGGCAAGAUGUCAUUUACGAGCUAAUGCAGACAGAAAUGCAUCACGUCCGCACCCUGAAGAUCAUGAAUGAUGUGUACAGCGCAGCGAUGUUGAAGGAGCUGCAGUAUGAUCAACAAGUCAUUGACAAGAUCUUUCCCUGCCUGGAAAACUUGCUGCAAAUCCACAGUAACUUUUUCCAGCGGAUUCUGGAAAGGAAGAAGGAGUCAUUGGCAGACAAAAGUGAAAAGAACUUUGUUAUCAAGAGGAUAGGUGACAUCCUAGUGAGUCAAUUCUCUGGUGACAGCGCCGAGCGAAUGAAGAAAACCUACGGCAAAUUCUGCGGGCAUCACAAUGAGGCAGUCAAUUACUUCAAAGAUCUGUACUCCAAGGACAAGCGGUUUCAGGCAUUUGUCAAGAAAAAAAUGAGCAGCUCCCUGGUGAGGCGUCUUGGGAUUCCUGAAUGUAUCCUGUUGGUAACACAGAGAAUCACAAAGUACCCUGUCCUUUUACAAAGGAUACUGCAGUACACCAAAGAAAAUGAAGUGGAACAUGAAGACUUGACUCAGUCAUUAAACCUCGUUAAAGAUGUGAUUGCUGCAGUCAACAGCAAAGUCAGCAAUUAUGAGAAGAAAAUGCGUCUUGGUGAGAUUUACAACCGGACGGACAGCAAGUCCAUCAUGAGGAUGAAGAGCGGCCAGAUGUUUGCAAGAGAGGACUUGAGGCAUCGGAAACUCAUCCGAGAUGGGCCUGUUUCACUAAGAAGUGCAGCUGGAAGGCUAAAAGAAGUCCAGGCUGUUCUCCUCUCUGACAUGCUCGUGUUCCUUCAGGAGAAGGACCAGAAGUAUGUGUUUGCCUCACUGGACCAGAAAUCCACUGUGAUCUCUCUGAAGAAGUUGAUAGUACGGGAAGUGGCUCAUGAAGAGAAGGGUUUGUUCCUGAUCAGCAUGGGUGGAAAAGAUCCCGAAAUGGUGGAAGUCCAUGCCAGCUCCAAAGAAGAACGUAACGGCUGGAUACAGAUAAUUCAGGACACAAUGAACACCAUGGAUAGAGAUGAAGACGAAGGAGUCCCUUGUGAGUCUGAGUUCGAAAAGAAAUUGUCUGAUGCAAAAGUGAGAGGACUGAAAGAACAACUUCAGCAGAAGGAUAAGCAGAUCCUGCUCUUGCUGGAGGAGAAGACGAAGAUCUUCCGGGACAUGGCAGACAGUUCUGUGCAGGAGGAGAUGCCAGGCUCCAGGCUGCUCUUCAGAGCCAACACAGAAGAGGCUCCAAAAGGAGAGGCCAUUAUGAAAACAGCAAUAAAUGAAGUCGAACUGCUGCAAGACCUGGUGAACAGGAGCCUGGGCACUGCCCUCGGGCAGCAGGUCAGCAGCACUGCCAUGGAACAGGAAGGAGGAGUUGGCCCUGUCUCUCUUCCUAGAAGGGCAGAAACCUUUGGAGGAUUUGACAGUCAUCAGAUGAAUGCUUCCAAGGCAAAGCAGAAGGGAGGUGUUUCCUCCUGCAAAGAGGUGGAAGGUCCCAGGACGUGGCACAGGAGAGAAGGUGGAGCAAAAGAUGAAGGCGAUGAUGCUCAGGACCUUCGAAGAACAGAAUCAGACAGCAUUUUAAAGAAGGGUGGAAAUGCUAAUCUGAUGUUCAUGUUGAAAAGGAAUAACGAGCAGGUCCUCCAAACCAUUACCAGCCUCCAUAAGUUGCUCAGUGCUUUGCAGGGCGUUGUGCUGCAGCAGGACACCUACAUUGAGGACCAGAAGCUGGCUCUGAGUGAGAGGGCUCUGACCCGAAGCUUCUUCCGGCCGACCUCGCUGCUGGAGCAGGAGAAGCAGCGCAACCUGGAGAAGCAGCGCCAGGAGUUGGCCAACCUGAAGAAGCAGCAGACACAGCACCAGGAGGAGAGGCGGAGGAGAGAGAAGGAAUGGGAAGUCCGGGAGAAGGAACUGGCAGAGCAGGAGGCCCAACUGGCCCAGCGCGAGGAGCAGGUCCAGAGAAGGUGGCAGGAGCUGGAGCGGGAACGAGAGGAGCUGCAGAUGAAGAAGGCUGCCUACCAGCUCGACCUGGAGAGGCUUCGCACAGCGCAGAAGCAGCUGGAAAGGGAGAAGGUGCAGCUCAAGCAGGAUAUGGAGCGAUUAUCUCAAAUGCGGCAGGAGCCUGACCACAACCAGGUUUCAAAUCUACAUGAGAAACUUGCAAGAGUCUCCUCCCAGUCCAGCAUCGAUGAAUCCUCCAAGCAGAAGAGCCCUUCCCUUCCUAAACAAGGGCACUUUGAUGCAGAACUGUCUGUCUCCCCCAAAAGGAACAGUCUUUCAAGGACACACAAAGAGAAAAGCACUUUCCAUUUGCUUAGCACAACAAACCAGACUAACAAGGCAGCUGAGGAACAGACUCAGAUGCCUACUCGCCUCUUCAGUUUAGCCAAACCAAAGGAGAAGAAGGAAAAGAAGAAAAAGGGCAGAGGACAUCGCUCCCAACAGUCUGAUUCUCACUCGUCAGAAGCACCUCCAGAGGGUGAGGAGAUCUUCUGCUGAGCACAGACUGCUCCUGUGGCCACUCGUGGCAUUGGCACCGUGGACAUCUCCCUACCUGUUACGCAGCAUGUGGCUGGUGCCUGCACUGGACAAGCAUCUGGAGGUUUUAAAUAAAACAUGUUAUGAAGUCUGUUAAGUGGUGGAUAAGGGCCUUUCUCCUGUGGUUUUGUGUGAAUUCUCACCACAGAGGCUGAACUGCACAGCAAAUAGUGCUAUCUCUCUGUGCAAACCUUGGGUUAAAUGAAUCGGGAUAGACAUUUUCGGUCUCUUCUUACUGCUAACAUAGCCUUAAGGGGUCUGUGCCUUCAAAUUCCCCUUUUCUGGGGAACAUAACCAAAACCAAGCAUUUAGCAAAAGAUUAGGACUCUGCAAAUGGUGCGUACACACUGGCAUAUAUAGAUAUACUGUAUAUAUACAUAUAUGUAUCUAUGUAUCCACUGGGAUGUGCUUACAGCCAAGGUUGGCCCAUGGGGAUAGAUGAAACCUGAUGACUUUCAGGGAGUGUGUAGAUAUUAAAUAUCUUGCCCUUACUGCUCCGAUUGUAAUGCCAGUGACCCGCAUGCCCCUUUGGUGUUCAUGGUUUCAGAAGGGUACCUUACAUCGGGAAGCAGUAAAAAACAACAACUCAGAGGAGAAAAAAAAAAAAACCACAACAUUUAAAGUCAUUCUGAAAGAUUUCCAUGGGGCAGAGGAUUCAAAUGUCAAAUUGUUUCCAGAGCCAAGUAGAACAUCUUUGUGUAUAUUUAAAAUGGUGCAGAAAAGAGAAAUUUGGUAGGCUGGUAGGGCAAUCCCAGGGAGCCAGAACAGACCAUGUUCAAGUGGGAACAACUCUAAGCAACAUUUUUACACACGAUCACUUUGAGCUCCAGCUCAUUCCUUCCUGAAGCAAAGAUUAUCUUUUUUGCUGGAAGAGUUCUCCUGUUGCAUUUGACAUCCCCAUACAAGCCUAAUGACUUCCUGGGGGGAUGGCUAAAAAUCUGCUUUUAGGGACCUUUGUUCUAUUAUUUGUAUUUUUCUUAGCCCGCUUUUUGUGUUAACAUUGGGCUUCUGUUUCCCUGGAUUUUGUCAGCUUCCCUUGCUCCUUUCUAAGGCAGAAUGAGACAACAGCAGUCUCAGAGCACUUCAGUGAGACAUUAUGAGUCAGGGGCCUGUGUGCUACGAGCAGAGCCAACUCCAGAGAUGGCUCCCAUCCCUAUGGCUGUACAAUACCAUGCACUUAGUAACCAUUUCUGGGGAGAAAAAUGUUCUCAUGGACAAAACCACUGUGAGACAAUCCAGAGGUCCAGCAUGGCAGGUCACUGUGGGCUCUAGGGUGAAAGUGUCUGUGUGUCCCUGUUGCGUCAGCAGAAGGGGAAGGUCCGAGGGCAGCUCUCCCUGUGCCAACUGAGGUGUUUGUACAGCUGUUGAAUGCAGGGAUGUGUUCAGCAGGGGAGGAGAAAUGCAGAGAGCCACACUGUUCUCCAAAAUUAUUAUUCUUCCAAACCUUCUCAGGAGAACUAACCCAAAUGGAUUUGUAAAUGGUUACAAGAUGCCACCAGCUUCAAAACAGCUCAAGAGUUUGCUCAGAGUUUGAAGCUGUCAAGUGUAUUUCCUUUCCUGACUUUUUUUUUCUGUAAAAUAACAAACCAUUUCUCUUCUUGCACUGUUGUUUGAUUUCAGUUUGCUCUCUGGCUUCUCACGAGCUGUUUUCAGAGUUAGUGCUGAUGAGUAUCAGCAGCAUUGAUGGUGAGAUGAAUGCUUAGGCUGGGCUGUCUUGGUCAGUGCAGGAACCCUCAAGCACCUGCUUGCUUUUGAAGCUCUCUACACUAUUAAGACUCAAAAAAAAAAGAAAAAAAAAUAGGAAGAAAGGAAAAAAGUUUGAAAUUAAUUGUAUUUUGAUUUUUUUUUAAUAUUGUUUGGUGCUUGUUCUUAAUUGCAAGCAGGGCUUGCAAAAAUAUUUAUCUUUCUGUUUAUUUGAAAGAGUUCUUUUUUUUAAAAGAAGUUUACUUGGUUUUAUUUUUUUAUUUCUUUUUGCUUUUGUUUGGGGGAUGGUUUGGGUUUUUUCUCUUUCUUCCCCCCCCCCUUUUUUUUUUGUUUUAUUUUGUUUUGGUUUUGUUUUGUUUUCUUACCAAAAGAUUGGUAAACCAAAUAUUCUUCUCUCCCUGGUUCCUACAAAACCAGGGUUUGGGCAGUGCUGCUUUGCAGCUCAUGCCAUGCCCAGAGUUACACAAUUUCAACUGAGAGCUUUCUUUAAGGCAGAGCACCUUUGGGCCAAAAGAAGUUUGGAAAAAGACACAGUGACUUCAGACAAGGCUCCUCCUAUCAGUUAGUUGCCUUGUUUAAAUAUUUUGGUUAGGUUUUCAAAUAGCUUUUGGAGGCAAAAUAAAAAGCAAAGCAUGCAGUGCCUUGCAGUGAUCUGAGGGUCUGGUCACUUCUCCAGAUGGAAGGAGCUCCUCUCCUGAACCCAAGGGAAGCUGAAGGAAGAAUGUGCUGGUGGUGUGGUGUUACCUUUUUCAUAAUAAAACCACCAAUUUUAGAAAAUAACUCCUGCCCUAUUAUUUAUACAUCUACAAACAUGAAUGUGCCAAGCUGAAAUUUUGGGAAACCAAAGCAGUGCGUGGCUCAUUUACUGUUGUGUGAACAGAGAUCAGGGCCCUGGUAUGCCUGAGAGUUCCCCUCAGUCUGGAACAGCCUUUGCCACUAUGAGCUUUUCAUUUUAUCCCACUGUCUUUUCCCCAGUCCCAACACAUCUUGGAUUCACAAUACAGGAAUGUCCCAUGGCUCUGAAAAAGGCAUCAAAAGGCAGAUGUGUGACCUGGGGCAGCAGAGCUGAGCCUCUGCCUGGCUUCGCCAUCUCUCCUGACCUGUGCAAAUCAAAAAGAGCAUUCAGUGCCCUAAGUGAAAAUAGUGUUUGCUGAGUGAUCUCCAGAGGUCCCUGUGGUUCCUUGACAGAAGCCACAGGUGUGAGUCAGAAAUACACUGACCAAAAAUCAUGUAUAUCAAAGCUGUUUGUGUCUUAAACUCCGGUGGACAGACCUUUGUCCCUGGAGGAUGUCUGUUACUGUAUGAUUCACUUUUUUGGAGCGAAGCCUUUCCUCCCACACUGCUUCCUUCUUCUUUCACCUUUAGGAAGGUAAGGGCUUGUUUUUAUCUCUUUAGCCUUUUAUUUUUCCCCUCUCAGGUUUUCUUUGGAAAGGCUUGGCAUAAGUUCCCAGAGUCAGAUUCCUACUCUGAUCCCUGCAGGUUGCCUUGGGUUGUCUGCUGGAGUAUGGUCCCAGCUUUACAGCACCAAAGCCUUUCCUCUUCCUGGCCUUAAAAUUGCAUUUGCUCCAGUUCCACACCUGGCAUCCAUCCUGAAGUUGUUGAAAGCUUGUUAUUUCUUCAGCCCAGCCUGGUGCUGCGUCUGGUUCCCAGAGCCAGUCCCUUGAUCCCAUUUGGAACACCCAAACCAUCUUAUUUUGCAUGGGGUUCCUGGAACACAGAGCAGGUUCAGAAAUGUCUGUGCAAAGCCCACGUUGUUGGAGGGAAAAGAGGACCCUGUUUGUGCUGGUGUUUCAUGGAGGGCAGAAGUCAGAUUUGCUUUUCUUAGGGUUUUCUUGGCCCAGUCUUUGCCACUGCCAAACAGGAGGGAUUUCAGUGUCCAGAGAAAGUGGGAUUGUGGGCUCAGAUGAAGUACAGAAGUGGUCGGUAUUAGCAGAGGGUGUCAGAAUACCCCAGUGAUAGAUGGUAGCUGUAGCAAAGGGUGUGAGACUUGUUGAAGUUGUGUGAGGUUGGCCUUAGCUUCUUUUAAAUGAAGUUAUCAUCUCAACAUGUAACUUGACAUCGGUUUGAUGCCAUAAAGCACUUUAAAUGGAACUGGUCUUGUCUCUUUUUGUUUUGGUUACCUGGAGACAAUCAGUUUUGCCAUUGCUCCUCCCUCUGCAUCUCCAGCAAAAUCUGAGCUGCAAGUAUUCCUGGUUUGAUUUGGCUUUGCCCUGAGAGGGGAGAAGGGCCAAGCUUCUUGUAUCAUUUUUAGACCGGAGCGGGUACGAAUCUGACUACAGUCCCACUGUAGAUGGGUUGAGUGGCAGGACAAGAGAAAUGGCUUCUGUUGGCUCAGGUAUAUCCCUUGGGAAAGCCCAUGCCAGCUUCACCAUCACCUUCCUCACAGCAGGCAGGGAAGCAGUCCUGCCAGCAGUUUGCCCUCUGUCUCCUUUUCCUUGGAGAAACUGAGCAAAGGAGAUGUGAGGGGGAUACAUCCAAAUAAGUGAAGUGAGGCCCUUUCCAUGCACCAAGUUAUUUACUGUCUAGGCUGCUGGGAUACCUCCCAGGUGCCAUCUCCGGGGCAGGAGCUCUCACCAGUGCUGAGGGUGGACUCUUCCCUCCUGAGGUGUGACCACUGCUGGGAAGCACAGUAAUGCCAUGAACUUGUGCAGAUUUGUACUGCCUUUCAAAGGCAAGAGCACCCAUAGAGUCCAAUCAUCUUUGCACCUUCCUUGAGUCACUUGAUCUCACAGCUGUUGCUGAAACACUCAAUUCCAGUCCUUCCAAAUGCCACCACAUCAGAAGCGGUUCUUCAGGUGCCAAAUUCCAAGGAAACUGUCUAGGAUAUCUGUGGCACGGAGCAAGGGAGGACUGGGCAGGGGGCACAGGAGAGUAUCUGCUAAAAUCCCACAAAACAUUCCUUGCUAACCAGAACUCUGGAAAUUAUUCUGCCUGCUGGCCAGGUUUGGGAAUUUAUCAUAAUUUAGGGCACCCUUACAAAUAAAAAUCACCCCUGCUGCGCAUAACUCCUGUUUCUUUUGUCAGAAGGGACAGCAAUCCAUGACUCUUCAUCUGGUGAUGCAGCUAAUUUUUAAAGAUAGGCGAGCUGAACUGGCUAAAUCUCUACACCUUGUGCUCCUCAGUGAUGGGAAGUGUAAUGCUAGCUCCCUUCCCACCUGCAUUUCCAGGGCUCUCUGCCCUUUCCUUCCACAUGCAUUGCACUGACACUGAUGCUUUGCCCAAAUAUAUUCAGCUUCCAUUGCUUGGGGGGAGGGGGAACAGGAUAACAUUCACUGCUUUGCAUACAGCUAUGAGCUUUGUAUGUAUUUAAGCUGUCUAUAGGUAUCCAUCCUUUCCGUGCUCUAAAGUAUUUUUACUAUUUUCUUUAUUGAUAUUAAACACUGACUCAAAAAAAAAAUAAAAAAAAUCUAUGUCCAGUUCAGUUCGCCUAUGGUUAAAGUUUAGCCUGGUGUUUAUUUUGUACUAAUAUGGAAUGCACUUGGAGGAAUUCCCAGAACGUUGAGGUGUAUUAUAAUAACCUGAUAUACCUCUGCUUUUGGUUUGUUUCUUAUUAAAAAAAAAAAAGCUUUGCAUUUUUAUGUUGAACCCAU